UUCUGUCCCUUUGAGACCCAGACCCACUGCGCAUCCUGCACCAGGUGAGGUGACUUCUCCGUCCUGGCUUGCCCGCCGUCACUUGGGUGCACCGAGGUGGGAGACUCGACACCCGCUCAGCCAAGACACCGACGGGACGGUUCCCACUUCUCUCCCGGGCUUUGGAGGCUUGUAGAACUCACGGCACCAACCAGAUCAACCUGCGAGCGCCAGGAGCCGCUCCGAGAGGAGCCUGCAUCCCGGCGUCCGCAGGGACUCGGAGGACCCGGCCGCUCGGGCCGGCGCCUGCGUCUCUAUGGUGCGGCCGAGGGGCGGAGCGCCGCUGGCUCGCCCGCCGACUGCGAAGCGAGCCGGGGCACUAAGGAUGAAGACAAGAGUAGACUGCUGGCCCCUGAUGGCUUUUACUAUAUGCUGACCCAGUUUACGAUGGCCUCCAAAGUUGAAAAGACUCAGGCUUUACAACAGUGUUUUAGCGCAGAGUCUCUCAUUUCCAGCCUUGGUCUGGGGAUCUUUUGCCUAGUAGCUGAUAGACUUCUCCGGUUUUCCGUAAUUCAACAAAAUGAUUGGCUUCGUGCCCUCUCAGAUAACAUAGUACAUGGUGUGAUUGGCAUGUGGUCAUGGGCAGUGGUCAUUGGAAUCAAGAAGAAGGCUGACUUUGGAGAAAUUCUUUUAGCUGGAUUUUUAGCCUCUGUUAUUGAUAUUGACCAUUUUUUUCUCGCUCGAUCCCUAUCUUUAAAGGCUGCCUUGACUCUCCCGAGAAGACCUUUCCUCCACUGCUCCACGGUGAUCCCCGUCGCAGUUGUGAGUGUGAAGCUUGCCAUGCACCUCUUCAGGCUCAGAGACUCAUGGUGCUUCCUCCCGUGGAUGCUAUUUAUUUCCUGGACUUCGCACCAUAUCCGAGAUGGAAUUCGUCACGGCCUGUGGAUAUGCCCAUUUGGAAAAACUUCUCCUUUGCCCUUCUGGCUUUAUGUAAUAACCACGUUAUCCUUACCUCAUAUGUGCUCGUUCCUUAUGUAUUUAACAGGGACCAGACAAAUGAUGUCUUCAAAACAUGAGAUGCGUAUUGAUGUCUGAGGUGACCGCGGCUGUAAGGAAAGGAAUAGCUCAGAGGACGGUCAUGAGAGACAGCAACGUUCAAGUGAAAUUUUGUUUUUGUCUUUGAGACAGGGGUUAUCCAUGCAGCCCUGGCUGUCCUGGAACUCACUCUGUAGAUCAGGCUGGCCUCAGACUCAGAAGAGUGCUGGGAUUAAAGGCAUGCGCCACCACUGCCCGGCCUCAAGUGAGAUUUUUAAAACACAGUUAGGUACUUUAUUUAGUUGUUAUAAUUCUCAGGCCCUCUCGCUGGGGAGGUGUGCUCAGUAAUCUUGCUUCCCUCUUACAUGUCCAUCUAGCGCAGGAUCGGGUUUGCCCGUAUUUCAUGCUGUGUUAUAUUGCUGCUGCUUUAUCCGACUUUCCUGGCUUUGUCAUGUCAAUCUGUAUUGUCUGGAAGUCUGUCCAUUUCCUGAUUAAAACGCUCAAAAUCUGGGAUGACUAAUUUGUAGAAAUGAAGCCUGAUCCUAAUUAGUCUUAUCAGUACAAACCAGGAGUCAGAUAUCAGGUAAUAACCUGAAAGAUCAGAGAAGCAGAGGAGCAGCCGCUAGUGACUUCUUACCUCUACGAAUCCUCAGACCAAAUGGGCAGCCAAGACCCUGUCUCCACCCACCCCACAUUCCUGUCUUCACCUCCUACUGCUGGGAUCAAAGGC